AUGUCUUAUGCACGCAACUCCAUCCCUGACCUCACUGGUCAUCUCAUCGCUCAUCGCUCUCUAGAGCUUGUCCAGAAGAUAGGCUCUGGUGCCUUUGGCGUCGUCUAUCGUGCCAUUGAAACGUCCUCACCAGAACCACAGGAGUACGCGGUGAAGGUUCUUCUAAGAGCUGACCCCAAGUCUCAAAUGGGUCGUCUUCAGACGCGCGAGCUCGCUUUACACCAGAUCGUUUCUGAUCAUCCCAACAUUGUUUCCGUUCAUCAAAUUAUCAAGGAAGCUUAUUUCACCUAUGUUGUGAUGGACCUUUGCCCCUCUGGUGAUAUAUGCAGAGCCGUUACAACCACGAGCACUUUCUAUCGGAGAGACGAUUUGGUGAAGCAGGUCUUCACCCAAAUCAUCGAUGCCGUUCAGUUUUGCCAUUCCAACGGUAUCUAUCAUCGCGACCUGAAACCUGACAAUAUUCUUUGCUCGGAAGAUUUGUCAAAUAUCUACCUCACCGACUUUGGUCUGGCCACCAGUCGUCCAGUCACUCCAGAACUCCGCACGGGCACCCCUAACUUCAUGAGUCCUGAGUGUCUCCGCAAAGGUGGUAAAGGCGAUAGAGUUGGCUCUCGCCAUUGUGACAUUUGGUCGCUUGGCAUCAUCCUCAUCUCCAUGCUCACUGGUAUGCUCCCUUGGGACACUCCUACACUCGACAACUAUCACUUCCAACAGUAUCUCACCCAACCGGCCUUCUUCACUUCCUUCCUCCCCAUCUCUCAGGAGGCGAUUGUCCUUCUUCGCCGCAUUCUUGUCUACAAGCCUCUCGAUCGCAUCUCGCUUGCAGAGUUGCGCGAAGAGGUGUGCAAGAUUGACACCUUCUUCCUUACCGACAAGGAGAUUGCCAGGGCCCCUGAAGAGGCGCGCAAUGUAGCGAAGGAGUGCACAGCGAAUCAGAGACGAGCCUCGUCCAAGGCCCCUCUCCUUUUCCCUAUGCCGCCCUCGCUCUCAACUUCUUCAUCGACGUGGAGCGCAAGGAGUGAGCUCCCGGUGACGCCCGAGACAUAUCCUGUUCGACCGGUCGCUGAACUUCACGAAAUGUCUGAUGGGCUGGAUCUCAACGCACCUGUCAUUCGCAUUCCGAAAUCACCUAUCAUUACUCGGAAUGGUAACGCUCAGAGAGCAUGGUAUUAG